AUGGACUCAGGAUGUUUAGAACCUCCAAAGAAGGGGAAAAAUGACGAGGAAGAGCCGAUUGCAGACCCGGAAGAAGAGCAAUUGGAUGAGAGCAUUGAUCAAGAUGAGGAGGAGUGGGAACUCGAUAAGAAGGCUGGUGGAAAUUUAGAUUCGCUCAAAACCAUGUACAAGUGGUUCGUGAAUCGUGGACGAAUUUUCACAGAAAAUGCCGCAUCUGCGAACAAUAAAUACGUCGAUCAGAUCGAUGAGACAAAGGGUAAGCGAGAGCAGGAUCGUUGGGUAGCGCUUCGGAAAUCUGAAUGGGAGGAUCUCGAGGCUGAGGGCUAUUCGAAAAAUCCGCUGUUAGAUACAGAAAACGAACCAGAAGGAGAGGGACAAGACCAAGAGGGGGAUGCCGGUCAGACUGGAGAAAAUCCAGGCAACACCAACGGUUGGGGUACUGUCAAACCUCAACUUGAACUACAAGUCGUUGUUGCCAAGCUUAAAUCCCACUCCAGCAGUUCUUCCAGCGCUUCCGAAUCUACUAUUCCUCAGGAUAAACCCACACCUCAAAACGAACCACAAGUCGUUGUUCCUGAGGUCGAAUCCAGCACCGUCGUUCCUGAGAAGCCGAAUACCCUUGAACCGACACCCAUGUAUUUGAGGAAAGAAUAUCUCGCGGCCGUAUGCAGUGGUUACGACGAAGACUGUUCCUUUGACCUCAGCAGACUGACUUUCCUGAAAUCGAUAUACGACGAAUUCUACAAUAUGAACCAUAUUGACGAAUUGACGAGUUUCGAAGCAUUCGCAAAAGCUGCUUUUGAAGGACCAGGAGAUACCCUAGCGCAGAGAGGGCAGGCAGUCGUCGAACUUUACCUGGCUACAGACAAUGCUCGAGAUUGGAGUAGCUCCCCCAUACCACAUCGAUGA